AUCCUCCAAUUGCGCAAUGAACUCGUUUCGAUUCGCACGGGCUGCUCUCAGGGCAAGCCCAUCUACAUUCAGAGUUCCACUCCAGCGGAGGGGCUACGCCGAUGCCGUGGCCGAUAAAUUAAAACUUUCCCUUGUGCUCCCGCAUCAGAGUAUAUACAAGUCUACGGAUGUUGUCCAAGUUAAUAUCCCUGCUGAGUCUGGCGUGAUGGGCGUUCUUGCGAACCACGUCCCAUCAAUCGAACAAUUGAAUCCUGGUCUUGUCGAGAUCAUUGAAGAAUCUGGAGGGACCAAACAAUUUUUCUUGUCCGGAGGUUUUGCUGUCGUCCAGCCUGACUCCCAGUUGAGCAUCAAUGCGGUCGAAGCAUACCCCUUAGAGGAUUUCAGCGCAGAGGCCGUAAAAGCGCAGAUCGCUGAAGCGCAAAAAGUUGCCAGCGGCGGCGGCAGCGAACAAGACAUCGCUGAGGCAAAGAUCGAGUUGGAGGUUCUGGAAAGCCUGCAAGCGGCGCUUAAAUAGAUAGAUCUAUCCUCUUCACACAAAAAUUAAUCAUGUUCCGCACCACCUCAAACCUGUCAAACUCAUCACAAUGGGUAAUCUUUUUAUUUAUACAAUACUGAGUAGUGUAACAUUAAUGCCCAGCAGAACCUUCUCUUCCCUAUGUGCUUUAUUCAUGUCUAUUUAUAGUUAUCACCUUUAGCAAUAAUUUUGAUGAGAUUAUUGCUAGUAUUACUGUUCAAUUAUCUCGUUGUCACAGUUGAUAUAUUUGAAUUGAAUAUGUAUAUCAUUUUACAAGCAUUUUUUUGCUCAUUUCUGUCGGAACUGGUGAU